GGUCCACUGAGUUGUAACAACUAAUAAGGCUUCAAUUCUAUUUUGUUAUGAAAUCUAUUUGAAUCAGAGAUAUUUUAUGUUUAUCUACUAUUUAUAAGAUUUACUGUUAAAGACUACGAUAAAUCAAGAUAAUUCACAAUGGCUCAAAACCGAAUGGCGGAAUCUGAUUAUCAGAUUCUAAGAAGGAAUUAUUCAUAUUUAUUAGAGAAUUUACAAGCUAAAAAUAUAACAGCACAUCUCUUCCAAUAUGACGUCAUAAAUCCCGACGAUCUGGAGGAAAUUAGACUUACAGAAGAAAAUAAAGGACGAAGAUCCGGGGUUGAAAUUCUGAUAAGAAAAUUACGAUGGUGUGCUGGGGAUUCGUAUAACCUGUUUAUUAAAAGUCUGGAAGUAAAUGGCUACCAUGAAAUAGUCCAGACUUUAAAGACAGACGAUAAAUUAGGUGAAACUCAAGCAGAAACUACUAGAAAAACUUUACCUCUUGAACAAGACAAACAAUAUUGUAGAAAACACAAGAAUGAAGAAAUAGAAGUUUACUGUAUGGAUUGUAACCAACCAUGUUGUGUGGUUUGUCGCCAAGUAUGUCACAACAACCAUAAACUAACUGAUUUACAUGAAGCUGAAGAAAACUGGAAAGGUCAAUUCCUUAAACUUAAAACAGAAUCUGAUAAAAAGAUAAAACAACUACAAGAACAUUCUGACUAUUUAAAGGCUAAAAUAUCUGACCUAAAAAACUCUUGUCAGACCGCGUGUGAUAAUGUUGACAAGAAUGUUAAAAACAUUUGUGAUCAAGUAACCGUGUUAGGAAGUGGAAUAAAAGAUGAUAUUAUCAAAGUGAAAAAUGACGAAAUUAUGGAAUUAAACAAUUUCAUACAGGAAGCUGGCAGGAUGACAUCUAAAAUGAAAGAUUGGUGGGAUUAUUCUGAUCGUAUGUUAUUACAAAGUUCUUUAAUUACAUGUCUGGACAAACAUAGCAUGACAGAUGUUCAGACCAAAAUAAAUCACGAUAUUUCAUCAUAUGUACAAAACCCUGUGAUACGACAUCCAUUUUAUGACAUGGUGAAGAUUGACGUAGAAUCAUUAAAACAACAAAUGAAUAAAAUGACAAUCAUGGAUAGUGCAACUUUUACCAGUAGUUUUAAUGUAAAUCAGAUACUGGAGACAGACGUUUACUACCAGGUUGGUGAUGUAAUGAUACAAGGAAUGCCAUGGUAUGUAAGUGUUAAACGUCUUACAGAUACACAAACAUUGGGUGUUCACCUAUGGUUGAGGAAGGUAGAGGAUAAAACAGUUAAAGCUGUUACAGCUGAUUAUACAUUUAAACUGUUAAAUAUAAACAAUGUUAGUAAACAUAUAGUAUAUAGAGGUACAGGAACAUAUAAACCUGGUGAUCCAGGAUGGGGUUGGGAUGGCUUUAUAGACUGGGAUACACUCAUUAAUCCUGAUAAUGGUUACCUUGACGACAGCGGUAUGUUCACACUACAAACAACUGUCAAAAUAAAUAAAAUAGAUAGAAAUUAAUCUGAACAUACAAACUAAAUAAAACGUGAUAUUAACUCGUACGUGAUAUUCAGUUAGAUGGAAAUUUUAUGUGAACCGGAAAAAAGAAAAAGAAAUUAUGUGAACGCAGAUAAGACGUGUUGUUUAUUGUAACAUCAAGUUAAGACUAACAAACUCAAUCAAUCGGCUCAUGUUGAUAGCAAGGACAGUUGCCUAGUCAUUCGGAUGAUACAAAAAACCGAAGUCCCUUGUAUACAUUGAUGUGCUCGUAAAAGAUUCCUUGACAGUUAGAAUUCGAUAUAAGAGUAGGUCAUAGUGCCACUGCCCGGGCGACAUUUCCACCAUAGCACACUGUUUGGUGUAUGCCCGUCUUCAUUAGCCCUGAUGGUACGGAACAGUAGGACGUUAAACCCCAUUUCAUUUCAUUUCAUUUUAUGUU